AUGAAUGGCAUACAGGUUAUUGAUUGUAGCAAGUUCAUGUUUGAGGAUGCUGUCCUCUAUGGUGGAGGCAAGGAGGAGCUAGUGGACCAACUUAAGAACAAUGACUUGGCGAUUUUCUUGAGUGAUAGCACUGCUGACAAAAUGAAUGCCGUAGAGGUUCGAGAGGCAUUCAUGAAGACGACCUACUCCUAUGAAGAGGUAAUCAAGAUGCUGGACAUGAUGCCAUCAAUCAUUGACACUCAUCGAAGGAAUCUCUACUAUUCCUUGUUCAAAUCAAGGUCCACAGCCACGGAGCACCUGAACAAUGAUGAUGCAUUAUGGAGACGUUCUAUCCAGAGUGGAGUCGAGCAUCCAAAGUGGAUGAAUCAGAUCGACACAGUAGGAAGCAGCAAGUUGACUGAGAGAUACAAUCGAUUGAUUGCAACGAGAGGAAUCUACUUUAUCCUUCAUAUCAUCAUGGUGCAGCUCGUCAAGGAAAAGCCAGAUUGGAACGGUGAUCAGUUUAGGUUCAUGACUGGAAUGUACUUGUCCGCUGUCACCAAUGUGUAUGGAGCUGAGGCCAUUCAAACCUACUCCCAUAUAUUACAUCACCAUGUUGGGGAGGUAGUUGAUGAGUACGGAAGCAUUGCUAUCUUCUGUAUGCUAUCACUUGAGUCGUUGCACCUUGUGACCAAGUGCUUUGUUGAUAGGUGCACCAACAAAACCAGGCAUGGCAAUAUCGCUCUAUCAAAGACAGUGAUCAAUGAUUCACUUGUGGAGAAGAGGCUUAUGUACAAUGAGGAUUUGAAGAACGAAAUCAAUMGGUUUGACUUGCCCGAUCUCAUGGAACAGAUGCGCAGAUGGGACAGCAAGUAUAGUGUUGGUCAAGAUGUGGAUGUGUGCACUGCAUCAGGAUUGACUGCGACUGAUAACCUCUGA